CAGUACACAAUAAAAUAAAUUGUUCUAACAAAUAGUACACACUAUAAAAUUGUACAUUUUUUAAUCGUAAAAAUGAAGCUCUAUAUUAUAAAUCCAAUGUAUGCGUCUCUUUUUUUGGUGAUUGUUCUCUCAGCAUAUGUAUCUUCACUAUCACUUUACAUAACCGGUGGAAGAUCAUACUUAAAUAAUCAAUUUGAAAUUAUUUAUGGAGGAUCACCCAAAGUCAUGACAAAAAUAGAUGGUGCUGAAUUUGCAGGAGUGAAAAGGCUUAGAAGAUUAACACCAAAAGAAAUAUUAGAACUCAAGAACAUAUGGAAUAAACAGAAAGAAAAUGAAAAGAAACAACAAGAAGAAGACAGACGAAGGGAGCGAGAAGAAAAAGAAAGGGAAAGGCAACAGGAAGAAGAAGAAAGACAAAGGGAAAGGCAACAGGAAGAAGAAGAAAAAGAAAGGGAAAGGCAACAGGAAGAAGAAGAAAAAGAAAGGGAAAGGCAACAAGAAGAAGAAGAAAGACAAAGGGAGCAAGAAGAAAAAGAAAGGGAAAGGCAACAGGAAGAAGAAGAAAAAGAAAGGGAAAGGCAACAAGAAGAAGAAGAAAGACAAAGGGAGCAAGAAGAAAAAGAAAGGGAAAGGCAACAGGAAGAAGAAGAAAAAGAAAGGGAAAGGCAACAAGAAGAAGAAGAAAGACAAAGGGAGCAAGAAGAAAAAGAAAGGGAAAGGCAACAGGAAGAAGAAGAAAAAGAAAGGGAGAGAAAACAAGAAGAAGAAGAAAGACAAAGGGAGCAAGAAGAAAAAGAAAGGGAAAGGCAACAGGAAGAAGAAGAAAGACAAAGGGAGAGGAAACAAGAAGAAGAAGAAAGACAAAGGGAGAGGAAACAAGAAGAAGAAGAAAGAGAAAGGGAGAGGAAACAAGAAGAAGAAGAAAGACAAAGGGAGAGGAAACAAGAAGAAGAAGAAAGAGAAAGGGAGAGGAAACAAGAAGAAGAAGAAAGAGAAAGGGAGAGGAAACAGGAAGAAGAAGAAAAACGAAGGGAGCGAAUAAUUAGCAAAACACAAAGAAUAAAAGGACCCAGGCGUGAUCCCAAAAAAGCACAGCAUAAAACGAAAGCAUCACAAUAUAAAAUGGAAAUAGUAAAAUCCAACAGUAAGCAACAGAUUCGGCGUACACCUAAUAAUAAACAAAUUACAUCAUUCGGCAGUUUACCGAGAAGUAAAAACUCAUUUUCUUCGUGGAGAGCAAAAGUUAACCACCAGUAUACUGUGGAACAAAUUGUUUUAUCAAAUGGUACACACUAUAAAAUUGCAUAUUUUUUAAUCGUAAACAUGAAGCUCUAUACCAUAAAUCCAAUGUACACGUCUCUUUUUUUGGUGAUUGUUCUCUCAGCAUAUGUAUCUUCAAUAUCAUUUUACACAAUUGAUGGAAAAUCACAUUUAAAUGAUAAAUAUGAAAUAACUUUUGGAGGAUCACCUGAUGUAAUAACGAAAAUAGAUGGCGCUGAGUAUGGAGGAGUGAAAAGGGUUAGAAAAUUAACGCCUAACGAAAUUGUGGAACUCAAAAAUAAACAAUUAAUAUUAGAUACGAAGAAUAAAAUUCAGUGGAAACAAGAAGAAAAAGAAAGGGAAAGAGAACAACAAAUGCGAGAAGAAGAAAGGAAAAGAAAGGAACAAGAGCGCGAAACACAACGUAAAGUUGAAAGGGAAAUUAGUGAAUUGAAAAUGCAGAAAGAACGAAAAGAACGUGAGGAAAAAAAAAUUAUAGAGCAAAAUCAACGAAAAGAAGACCGAAAAAUGAGCGAAAUAAAAAGGAGAAAAGAAGAACAAGGACGGGAAGCACAACUUAAAGUCGAAAAGGAAAUACCUGAAUUGAAAACGGAGAGUGAACAAAAAAAAAGCGAUGAAUAUAUAACUGAGCAAAAACGUCGUAGAGAACUGCUAAAAAUAAUCGAUCCACCGAGAGAAAAAGACCAACAGUAUGGAAUAACAAGAAAAAAUAAAAAGGGAAGAGCAACCAAAGGCCGUCAAGUUUAUGAUAAUGAAGUAUUAAACCGUGAAUUGAAUGCAUCACAACGUGAAAUGGAAAUAUCAAUGGACCAACAAAUGCGCGAUAUGGAAAGAAAUAUGGAAAGAGAUAUGGACAAGCAAAUGCGCGAUAUGGAAACAUCGCAACUUGAAAUGGAAAGAAAUAUGGAAAGAGAUAUGGACAAGCAAAUGCGCGAUAUGGACAAUCAAAUGCGCGAUAUGGAAAGAUCGAUUAACCAACAAGUGCGCGGUGUCGAAAGAGGACAGCGUGGAAUGAAUAGUGAUCAAUUGAAUCCACGAAUUCGGCGUAAUCGUAAUAAUAUACAAAUUACAUCUGGCAACCGUGGAGUAGGGAGAAUAGGGAGAAACAAUUUUUAUUUUUAAAGCACAUGACUAAAACAAGAUUAUAUUAAAAGUAUUAAUUCUAAUUGUAAUUUUAUCAUAAUAUAGUUAAAUAAAUAAUAAUUAUAUUGUUA